GAGUCGCAAUCCCGGCCGCAACGACCCAGCAAAGGACCCGCUCCCCUCACCCGAGGCUUCGGCACCAGCACCGAGUUCGUCAGGCGGCGGGAUGUCUGUGGUUGGCAUUGACCUCGGCUUCCUCAACUGCUACAUCGCCGUAGCAAGGAGUGGCGGCAUCGAGACCAUCGCCAACGAGUACAGCGACCGCUGUACACCCAAGUCUUAUUGCCAACAGAUUGUCACAAAUGUAAGAAAUACCAUUCAUGGAUUCAAAAAGCUUCAUGGGCGGUCAUUUGAUGACCCCAUUGUGCAAACUGAAAGGAUCAAGCUUCCCUACGAACUACAGAAGAUGCCUAAUGGAAGUGCAGGAAUUAAGGUGCGAUACCUAGAGGAAGAAAGACCUUUUGCAAUUGAGCAAGUUACAGGAAUGCUGUUGGCUAAGCUGAAAGAGACUUCAGAAAAUGCUUUAAAGAAGCCAGUGGCCGACUGUGUGAUUUCAAUCCCUAGCUUUUUCACUGAUACUGAAAGAAGAUCUGUGAUGGCUGCGGCCCAGGUUGCAGGCUUAAAUUGUUUAAGGCUGAUGAAUGAAACGACUGCAGUUGCACUAGCCUAUGGAAUUUAUAAACAAGAUCUUCCCUCUUUAGAUGAGAAACCAAGAAAUGUAGUAUUUAUUGAUAUGGGACAUUCUGCCUACCAGGUCUCAAUUUGUGCUUUUAACAAAGGAAAACUUAAGUCUGGAAGCUCCUCUGAAGCUUUUUACCAGCAUGACCAUGACCUUGCUGGCUUGCAACGUGAAGAUAUAAGUAGUAUAGAAAUUGUAGGAGGAGCAACACGAAUUCCUGCAGUGAAAGAACAAAUCACUAAAUUUUUUCAUAAAGACAUAAGUACCACAUUAAAUGCUGAUGAAGCUGUUGCAAGAGGAUGUGCAUUACAGUGUGCAAUUCUUUCACCAGCAUUUAAAGUGCGUGAAUUUUCCAUAACUGACCUUAGUCCUUACUCAAUCACACUGAGGUGGAAGACCUCUUUUGAAGAUGGAACUGGGGAAUGUGAAGUAUUCACUAAGAAUCAUCCUGCCCCAUUCUCAAAAGUCAUCACUUUCCACAAGAAGGAACCAUUUGAACUAGAAGCAUUUUAUACCAAUUCACAUGAAGUGCCUUAUCCUGAUCCAAGAAUUGGGAGCUUCACUAUUCAGAAUGUUUUUCCACAGUCUGAUGGUGAUAGUUCCAAAGUGAAGGUCAAAGUUCGCAUUAAUAUCCAUGGAAUCUUCAGUGUGGCUAGUGCAUCAGUAAUUGAAAAACAAAACGUAGAAGGUGAUCACAGUGAUAGUCCAAUGGAGACAGAAGCUUCAUUUAAGAAUGAAUCCAAAGAUGAUGUGGAUAAAAUGCAGGUUGACCAAGAAGAAGGAGGUCAUCCAAAAUGUCAUGCUGAACACACUCCAGAAGAAGAAAUUGACCAGACAGGCGCCAAAGCAAAGUCAACUUCCUCAGAAAAACAAGAAAGAUUAAACCAGAACAUUAAAAAAGGAAAAGUUAAGAGUAUUGAUCUACCCAUCCAGAGUAGCUUAUUUAGACAACUGGGCCAAGAGCUUCUCAAUAGCUACAUUGAAAAUGAGGACUUGAACAAAAUCUCUGGAAUAUUGGAAGACACAGAAAAUUGGCUUUAUGAAGAAGGAGAGGACCAAUCAAAACAAGUUUAUGUGGAUAAGUUACAAGAACUAAAGAAAUACGGCCAGCCUAUUCAAAUGCGGUACAUGGAGCAUGAAGAGAGACCAAAAGCUUUAAAUGACUUGGGGAAAAAGGUCCAGCUUGUUAUGAAAGUGAUUGAAGCAUACAGAAACAAGGAUGAAAAAUAUGAUCAUGUGGAUCCUGCUGAAAUGGAAAAAGUUGAGAAAUAUAUCAGUGAAGCCAUGAAUUGGCUGAACAGUAAGAUGAAUGCACAGAACAAACUAAGUCUCACUCAAGAUCCUGUUGUGAAAGUUUCAGAAAUAGUUGCAAAGUCAAAGGAACUGGAUAAUUUCUGUAACCCAAUCAUUUACAAACCCAAACCAAAAGUAGAGGCUGCUGAAGACAAAGCAAAAGCUAAUAGUGAACACAAUGGACCAAUGGAUGCACCGAGUGGGACGGAAACGAAACCAGACCUAACAAAAGAGAGCUCCCAGCAUACUAAAGCUUCCGGAGAGAUGGAAGUGGACUAAGUCUGACUUUCCUUCAUGGAAUGCAAACCGUGCAAGAAUCCGCAGGGUCCAUUCUCUUACAUCUGAUACACACAACAGAUGCGCAGUUGUUCGUAACCACUGUUUGUCACUGGUUUUUUGUAGUAGUUUUGAAAAGUGUUUUAUUUUGAAUGCACCUCUGUAGUUGGCAACAAUCUACCUUAUUUAAAGCUUCUACUUGGAUAACCCUCAGCUCCUUAUAUAGGAAAGAAUACUGCAUUGCACUAGUGUUGCAGAGCAUAGAUUUUACUUCCAUUAUUAUUGGGUGGGGUGUGUGAAUUGUGUGUGGUUUAAAGCCACUGAGGCACUGACCUUUUUCUAGUUACUGUAUUGUUAUAAUUUAAAUAUUAAAUAAGAGGUUCGCCGACAAGUUAGUCCAUCUCAUUGAUGUAUCAUGAGAACUCCAAAGCUGUAUUGUCAUCAUACAAAUGAAUUCAAACACCUGUUGAAAGGGAAACACAGUUUUAUGUAAGGUGACACCAGCAGGGUGCUUCUUUUAUUAGUGACAUGGUUUGACAGUCUUUGGGUUGGUUGUUGGUUGGUUGGUUGAUUGUUUUCCCACCUAAAUCUUCUCUUUUGAUCUACUUGUCCAGAAUACCAGCUGCUGCUAAAUUAAUGCUAACCCAAACAUAUAGAAGCAUUUUUUGUAAUAAUUACCUUCAUGUUAAAGGGACAAUGCUGUUGACCUACUCCGUCUGUGAUGUUGAUAGCCUUGUUUUGACUUCGUGGUUGUUUGGGUUUCCUUAGUUGGUUUUGUUAAUUAGUAACACGUUUAGGGAGAAAUGGCACAGUGUAUUGCAUUUAUCACUGAUUUAUUUAAUGUUAAGAUAUAAACACUAUAAAUAAGUGAUCAUACUUGAAAAAGGAACACUUAUACAAUAAAUCUUAAGAAAUAAUGCUUGUAAUAAACUUAACUAUGUUAUAUAUCAACAGGCAAAAGAGAAUGUUAUUUAGUGUCAUAUAAUAUGAUGUGAUUAAAUUAUAGUUCCUUCUGUUAUAUUAACUGUUGAAAACUUGGCUCCAGUUUUGGUGCUUCUUAUCUGAAUUAUAGGGGAGAGGGACUGUAUAAUUAAGGACUGAAUCCGUGCUUCACCACACUUGUCCCAUGGUUCAGCUCUGUACUGAGACUCGAAACUACUUAAAUAUUGAAACAGACUUGAUACAGGGUUUCAAGCUACAAGAGAGAAACCUAGACAAGUGUGUAGGCACUUGUAUGCUUAAUGUCAGUCAUCUAGAUUGACCUUGGUUAAAAAUUGACAGGUUUAUGUUUUCCAAAGCUAAAUCCUUAUAUUAAGAGAGAUUAAUAUUGACUUUUCUUUAGUAAACAUUGAGAGUAUUAUAUCGUUAGGGAUGGUCAUUAUUUCUAACAACUAGUUCUCUAAGAGAGAUUUUGUGUCUACAAUGUAGUCUGCACUGAAAAGAGAGUCUGGAAUAAUGUUUUUGCAGGGAUUGGUAUUCAUCCUUUGGGGGAGAAAUGUCCCUUUUAUGCAUUAAAAAAUAAUAUUUUUUAAUGUCUUCUAGUCUUUAAACUGUUCUUCUAUUAGUACUCUUACAAUGAAAUAGUUAUGUCCUGGUGAGAUUUUUUUUUUCUUUUAAAGCAUAUGCCAGUUACCUUUCAUUUGUAUGUUGGGUGUAUAGAUUCAUUAUAAGACAAGCAUGGCUUUAUGAAAAAGCAUAUAUUAACAUACAAUGAACAUGUAGGGAAUUUAUAGCUUUAUCUUAAAUUAACAAGAAAAUCUGUAUUGACUGUUUAGAACUAGCCUCAAAAGCUGCUUGGGGAUAAAUUAGGCAAUAGCCCUUUCUAAAUCUGAAGUGACUAAUAUAACCUGGCCCCUUCCACUCCUGCUCUCUCAAGUCAUUUUGUAUAGUGUUUAACUUUAUUCAGCUGUAUACCGUUCCAAUUCUUGAAAUUUGAAACACUUUGUUUAAUAAGUUAAAUACAUCCAAAACCAAUAUACAUACAUUGCGAUCCAUGUAUUAAAGCAGUGUUUCCCAAAGUAGGCAAUAAGGAGGGCUGCAGAAGCAGGUGUUACCUACAUUUUAUGCUGAACUGUGGGUUACAGGGCAAAGCUGUGAGUCGCCAGGGGUGCUGAGUCCUUGAUCUUUUUCCUGAAAAGGGUGAUAGGCCAAUUACAUUUGGGAACCUGUAUCAUCAAGGAUAUUUUCAAAAGCUCCUGAACCUCAUAUAGGAAUGUACUGAAUAUGUUAACAAAAGAAUAUGUUAUCCUUAAUACAGUUUUGGAUUAGAGUAUUAAUGGUUUGUUUAAUUUUAAUCUGCAGUGGUAUUCACAUUGCUAGACAUUAUUUUUUCUCAAAAAGAAAAUGGAGGGGGUGGGGAGAAAAAAGGGGGAAAAGGCUGUUAUUUUAGAAAUUAUUUUAAAAGGCGCAUAGCAAAACACUCUUCUAUAAUACACAAAUGAGAAACAUUGGUCGGUACGUACAGAUAAAUAUACUUUGACUCUGGAGAAGUAUAAAAUAUUUUCGUUUCAAAAACCAACUCUUAAUAUCCAAUUGUUAGUUGUGAUAUUAAAAACCAAGUUUGUUAAAUAGUGCAACAAAAGAAAAUAUUAGGUACUUUAAUUCUUUAGCAGUUUACAGGAACCACACAUAUAGAAUUUCUGUUGAAAUAACAAUCUCAGCUCUAAAGGUGUAAUAAGACUUAUUAAAAACUAAAAGAGAAAUAAAAUUUCUUAUGAAUUUUAGUUUGAUUUACUCGACAGAAAUAAUAGUGGUUUUAAGAAGAUUGUUUAUAUUUAAAGUGAAUUUUCAUAGUCCACUUAUCAAUAUAACAAAAUUGGCAUACUUUUAAUUUUUUUAAUAUCCAUAUUUAAAAGGAAAUUGACAUUUGAAUGUUGAACACAAGAGCUGAAUUUGUUUAGCCCUAUUGGGAUAGAAGCAUCCUUCUGUUUUCAUAAAUUUGAAUUAAAAUGACAAGCCUAUGAACAA